AACAGUCUCAUGGGAAGGGAGAAAGAAAAAUGUUAAAGUUUGCAGAAUUUCUUUGUUUUUGUUCCGAAAUUUUGCUGGAAAAAGCUCUUCUAAAAGCCACCAAACAACAUGCAGACGUACUUCGAAUUUCCUUGCAUAUUUACAGAUAACAUUUAAAGAGGCUAGUCACAGAUAUUGCAGUCAUGGCAACAGCCUCGGUAGUGCCAAGUGAACAAACAGAAAACAUGGUGGACGAUAACUCAGGAGAUCAGGGAAAUGGAAGGAGAGCUACGUUCAACAAUAAGCCUGUAAAUAUGGUGUCUCCAAUGACUGUUCCUCUACCAGAGAAAAAACUCUUAGAUGACAGAGAUGGGCCAGUUAUGCAGGAAACUAUGCCUCCAAAAAGUACAUAUCUACAUUUGAAGGAUUUGGUUCCAGAGGGUAGUACGCUUGCAUUCAAAAUUGCCCAGAUGCUGAAUCGUGACAACAACAGGAUYAUACGCAACUGGAGACACUUAGCAGAGUCACUAGGAGUACCAGCAGAUGUCUGUCUGUCUUUCACUUGUGACCAAGAACACAGUCCUACGGAAGAUCUCUUCAAUUAUUUAGCUACUUGCAACGCUCACAUGACAAUUGGAGAACUUAAAMAAUUAUUAAAAAGCAUGAGUAGAAAUGAUUUGGUUCAAAUUCUGGACUCAAAAGGGAUUUCUAACAAUGAAAAAUUAGAUUUGCAUCUAGAAAUUGUUGACACAUUCAAAGAAAAGCUUGAUAUUCAAUCAAGAACUCUUAGCUGGACGCAGCUAGCUAUUAAAUGUAGGAUUGCAAAGAAAACUUAUGCAAAAUUUGGAAAACCUAAACUUGGUCCUACAUCACAGUUGUUCUUGCACAUCAGGCUGAAUGACAGUUUUGAAAAUCUGUCCAUUGGAGAGCUGAAGAAGCAUAUURAAGACAUGGAUAGAUAUGAUGUUGUUAGGGUUUUGRAWCAUAAURGAGUUCAAGUGGAGCGCACUAAACUCAUGCAUAAAAAGGCUGCGCAUGAACAAUGCCUGCGAACAUCCUUAAGUGUUCCCCAAACUUCACAUUUCGAAUAUCACUUGCUUCUUUUAGAUGAUGCCUUGGUGAAGGAUGUGUUCAAARUCGAUACCCAAAUUUUGGAUGAAACUAGUGAAUUACUGGACAAAGAUCUCARGUCUACCAAAAACUGGAGGAAUCUUGCUGUCAAAUUAGGCAUCCCUAAUCAUACUUACGAGGAUUUUGAUUCAGCCAAGGGCAACAAUAAGAAUCCAACAAUGUUGCUUUUGAAUUGGCUGGCAAUUAGUCAGUCACGACUGAAAGCAGUUGAGUUCAUUGAACAUCUAAAGAAAAUCCAAAGAAAUGAUGUGGUUGAAGAACUGCAGAAGGAAAUGCCAGCAGCCUUAGAAAGAAAAAAAUUUCGAGACAUUGUGGAGGAGCAAUUAGUAGUAACUUGCCAAGGCUCAUGGCUUCAAGGCAGCUCAGUUGUUUCUGAUAGCCUAUGUAGUAACCAUUCUGUCGACAUCAGCUCUCUCAGUAAAGAACAACAACUUGAUCUAAAAGUCACAAGCCUUCCUCUUGAGAUCUUAAGCAAAGUUUGUGCAAGGCUAGAUGCUGAAGACCCAUUCUUCCAUGACUAUCGUAUGUUUGCUGAACRACUUGGUGUCAGGAAUGAAGAUAUCCGCAUUCUUGAACAGAAAAAAUCAAAACCAACUAUAUCCCUUUUGGAUAAAUAUAAGCUAAAAAUAAAGGAAUUCCUUAAGAUCUUGAAGGCAAUUGAGAGAGAAGAUGUAAUGGAGGUUAUAGAGAAGUGGCUAAAGCAUGAUUCUAAAAAGAGUGAAAGUCCUCUUGAAGCUUAACUGUAAGACAAUGAAAAAACAUUUAGGCUAAUUCAGGGGAAGAAGAGACACUCUGUGGAAUCCAAUGUUAAUUCCCAUUGGGUAGUUCCAGAAAUUAUUCAUACACCCCAUACAGAGGAAUUUCUUUAAAGACACCCCUCCCCUACCCCCAGAAAUUCCAAUUUACUUCCAUACAAACUCUGUAAUUUUUGUUCUUUCUAUGACCCUGCCUCCACCCUUCAGAAAUUCCAAAUUUCUCUAUGGGUGGGUUGUGGGUAUGAAUAAUUUCUGGAACUACACUUUAUAAUUACUAUUAUCUAUAGUCAGAUCAUCCAGUGAUUUGCAUUAAUGAUGCUAAUGCUGUAGCUGCUGUAAUAAUUUGAUAGUUUUAAUUAGUAUCCUACUCAGCCGCUAUUAGUAUUGACACACACCGUUCACUCCCCUAAGUAGCUACUUAGCGGAGUGAGUGUUGCAUGAUACUAAGGCUGCAUUCAUAAUGUAUGGCAGAGGGGGGAGGGGGCAUUUGAAAAUUUGAAAUGUCCAGCAGGCUAGGG